GACAUCGAUACAACAGUUUGCAUGGCAAAUACGUCACGGGUCGCCCCGAGCAGCUGGAUAUAUACAGCUAUAGUAUACAGGUCUAACGUUACAUUGACGUGUAUGUGCACUGUUGUCAUAGCCAAUUGUUGCGCUGUUAUUUCUGGCAUGUGAGAACUUCGGGCGCAGUCACUUAGCACUGAACUGGGUCGCCGCAGGCAGCUCAAAGCGUCCGACAGCACAGAACGGUGGGCAGCCACUCAUAAAGUAAGGCGAGUUCACUGGUGCAGAUCUAAAGUGAACUCCUUUUGUUGACGAGCCUCCUAUUUGCCUUGGCUGCAGCUAUUCUAUGGCUGCACGGUAGCCCCUUGCAGAACCGGUUUCAGACCUGUGUAUAGAACGAUUAGUCUGUAAACGACAAGACAGGACAGCCGUCGGACAAGUGGCCUGUUGACACAAACCGAAGCAGACAAAACAGUCAAGUCAAACUGGUGUGAAAGGCGUUUAGUUCCAGUUUGGCUGAACACUCGGGCGUCCACUUAACCCUCACAGCACGAAUGGCGACGGAGACGAAGAAGAAGAAGGCAAAGCAAGCGGCCCUUCCCUCGGGCUACCGGGUGGUCGUACUCGGGGACGGCGGCGUCGGUAAGUCGUCCCUCAUACGGCGGUUCGUCAUGGGGUCGUUCGAGGAGGACCUGAAACCGACGCUAGACGAUAUCUACCUGCACCCGCUGUACAUGGACGGGCGCCAAAGCAGAAUGGAGAUCGUAGACACGGGAGGGACUCACACGUUCCCCUCGCUGAGACGACUGGAGAUCUCACGGGCACACGCACUCGUCCUGGUCUACUCCGCCAGCAGUCUCAAAUCAUUCAUUCGUGUCACAGAUAUCAUGGACUCCAUCUCGGCCGUGGGAGGUGGGGUACACAACACGCCCAUCAUCAUCGUCGGGAACAAGUUCGACACGGAGUCGGAAGAAUCGCGCCAGGUCCCCGUGGACCAAGGCUUCCAGCUCGCGCGCCUCUGGAACUGCAGAUUCAUGGAGGGCUCCGUCAAAAGUUGCACCAACGUCGACGUCGUCUUCGAGAAGCUGAUCGACCAGGAGAAACGCUGGCUGGUGACGCUUUCCAAGACGUCAAAGAUUGACGCCUUCAGGUCCAAGGUGCGGAAGGCGUUCGAGGAGAACACGCAGAUUCUGCGGAGCCAGAGGCCGAGAGAUCCGUGGAGAAAGGUUCCUCCCGUGGUCGUAGGAACUUGAUUUCUUUACACGUACACUGGUCAAAGUUUGAUCAAGGAUGUAAAAGGGUUUUCUUUAACCCCGUUGCCUUUGAAAUGAAUACCGUGACUAAGACUUUGUUUUAAACCUCCUUGGGACUCUUCAAAGAUUGUAGAGGCAGAACACAGUGGAUGAUGAUGAUGGUACUGUAAUUGUAGUAGUAGUAGAAAUAGACUGGUUUAUUCCUCGACAGCAAAGUUGCGCCUUACCAAUUAGAUAUUUCUGUGCCAUGUAAAACGCUAUAUGAUUACAGAUUUAUUGUUUGUAUAUGUACAUUUUGGAUCUUAUCGAAGUUGUAUGUCAUCUGUUUGCCAUUUACUAAUAUGUAUCGAUAUUAUGACGUAAACUGAUUUUCUGUAAGCAUAUCUUGACUCUCAAUUUUCCACCAAAUCGUAAUGUAAAUUUAGACAUCCUUAAGGCUACGUACAGAAAGUUGUCCGUACUUGUUAAUGUUAAAAAAUCAGAAUAACAUGGUCUAGCGAGGGGAUAGAGACCAAGGAGGAUAGAUAGAUCAAUGAGGUUGAAAUUACAUAAUCAUAACUUCCUUGGAUAGAUAGAGAUAACUUCUGAUUUGUGUCGAAAUAGUCAAGAGACAUCAGGGUUACUCUUCUCAUGACGAUGUCAUACGCUGAUAUUUCAUAUUCAAAUGGCACAGCAAUUAUGUGAGACAGAAUAAAGAUAUUCUCAUGAUCUUGAAGA